AUGAGCACAUUAAAACUUGCACAAUGUUCAAUCAUUGUAGCAAGUAUUAUAUGCAUUUUACAGACAAUACCUUACAUUAUUUUUUAUGAUAUUGUUUCUCCAUUUGGUUGUAUUAUAAUCAAUCAAGGUUUAAAAUAUUAUUAUUCUUUUGGUUAUUAUAUUUUUUUAAAUGGAUUUCUACCAAUUUCAACUUCAAGUAUAUUCAGUUUAUUGGCCUAUCGCAAUGUUCGUCGUAUAAUUCGACGACAAAUUCCAAUUCAACGUCGAAAACUUGACCAGCAAUUGACAGCAAUGAUCUUUGUCCGAGUCAUUUUGUUUGUUGCUAUUCUAUUACCAUUCACACUAUAUCGAAUCUAUACAGUCAAAAGCACUGCAUAUCCAGUUGAUAGUCUUCAAUAUGCAAUAGUUCAAUUAAUUACAACAAUCGUUGCCUUAAUAAUGAUGUGCAACUAUGCUUUCAACUUUUAUAUAUUUUUUGCGACAUCAUCACGAUUUCGGCGUCAACUUAAAUACUUAUUUGUGAAAGUUUGGUGGCCAUCGUUAAGAUCAUGGUUUUAUUCAAAUGAAAAUAGGAUUCAUCCUUUGAAUAUAAUUCCAAAUGAAUAUAGUACAGGAUUGAAAUCAUGA